AUGCAGAGAUCUCUGGAUCCCCUGGCCGACUUUUAUGAGAGAACCCAACGUUCAGGGGAGACAGCCUGUUCUUUUGCCAUUGCUUUAGAGGCCACGCUCAGAGAAGUGGAAGACACCCAAAACAGGGGCCGACCAUUCCCAGAUCGUGAUGCAAAACUGGUGCGACAGUUCAUGAGGGGGUUGAUUGAAGAGGAUGUUUUUUUGAGGAUUGCUCCCAUGAAGCCGAGAAUGCUAUGCUUUCGGGAGCUACAGAACGAGCUCAGGAAUAUAGCCAGAGAAGCCAAGAAGUUCAACCAGCCGAGGCAGAAGAAGACUUUCAGCCAGGUCCAGACUGUCACAAAUAGGCAAGAUUUUGAGGGACACCUGCAACGCCUGCAGUUGGUGUUUGACAGACUGCGUAAACAUGGCCUUAAACUGAAACCCUCAAAAUGCCACUUGAUGAAAAAGGAGGUCCAAUACUUGGGGCAUCGGGUGUGUGCAGAAGGUAUCCGCACUGACCCUGAAAAGAUAAGCAAGGUGAAGGACUGGCCACAGCCAACAAACCGUAAGGAGGUCCUUCGUUUCCUGGGGUUUGCGGGGUACUACAGGAGGUUUGUGGAGAGCUAUGCAAAGAUUGCUGCACCCCUCUACCGCCUCACUUCUGGUGACCCCAGAAAGAAAAAAAGGGGGCCCUGUCGUGCCCACAGAGGGUGGCAGAAGAGUCUGAGCCUCCUGUGCCCAGUCAAGAGUCAGAGCCCUACGCUGAUACUGAUGUCUGAGACGCCAUCAAACAAACUGGGGGUGGAUGUAAUGGAACAGAGGGCGCCCUUUGUAACUUGUCCGCAGCUUCGCAACGCUGCGCCAUGA